GUCAUUAUUUUAAGAUAUUACAUGUUUUUAAAAUUUAGCCAUGUUUAAGCGACUACGAAAUAAGAAAGAGAAUGAGAAGACGGCUACAGUGCCAGCUGCGAAUGAUGUUGCCAAGCCUUCCUCCUCCUCCACCUCCUCCCCAAACAAGUUCUUCUCCUUUGGCAGUGGCAACAACAGCCAGGUAGAUACAGAUGCAGAUGCUGGAGCACAGGGUUUUAUAUGUCCACUAUGCAUGAAAGCUUUGACAUCACCAGAAGCUCUCCAAGCACAUUUUGACAAGGAGCAUGCAGAAGGUCAAGCUAAACCGGAGGAAUCACAAGGGGAGGGGUUCCUCUGUCCUAUCUGUAAGAAGUCCCUCCCAUCACCAGAAGAACUGCAAGCCCACUUUGACUCCGCCCACGAUGAUGAUAAGCCAGCCUUCUCAGAGAACAGGGACGGAGAUGUUUUAGCAAUGAGACAGGAGAUAGAUGACCUGAGAACGUCCUUAAAAGAAGAGCGCUGGUACACAGAACAGCUCAAAAAGGAAUUGGAGAAAACAGCUGAACCGGGAACUACACCAAACAUACCUCUGUCAGCCCAGGAGCGAGCUGAGCUGGAGAUGUGCCGGUUACAACUGAGGGGUUCAGAGGAAAGUAGGACACUAUUGAGUUCUGAGGUGCACCAUCUACAGUCCAAGAUUGCCGAGUUGACGGCCAAUUCUGAGAAUGUUACGACAGAGCGUGAUCGACUACGGUCAAAGUCAGGAGAACUGGCAGGUGACUUAGUAUCAGUGAAAGCCAAAGCUGAUGAGGUCGAAGGUCAAAGAUCAGCUUUAGAGGACCACAUCCUAACGCUGAAGCAACAAAUAGAAACCGUGACUAACCAGAAUCAGAGUUUGGAGAUCCAGCUGGCACAGAGGCCAGGUGUGGAGGAUGUCAUGGUACUGAAGGAGGAGCUGAUCUCCGUACAGACUCUCAUGGACAACGUGUCGCAGGCGACGGAGCGUGAACGGGACAACCUACAGAGGGAACACAAGGCUCUUCAGGCAAAGUUCGAAGAGUCAGAGACAAAAAUAAAAAGUUUGGAGUCUCAGAUCGGAGCAGCCCCUCGUUUGGAGGAAAUACACCAGUUGAAGUCUUCUAUGUCCAACUUAGAGGGAAGUAAGGAGGAACUGACCAGCACGGUCAAGGACAAGGAGGAGGAGAUCAAACAACUACAGGAAAAAUGCAAGCAGGUAACACAGAAACUGGAGGAGGCUGAGAAAAAAACAGAGGUCAAGGAUGCAGAGGUUGUGAAGCUCCAAGGUGACCUUGACUUUGUAAGUGGUAACCUAGCAACCACUCAGACCCAGCUCAGGCAGAAGGAGGAAGAGUACACACAGCUUCAGUCAGAUCACCUCUCGGUAACACAGAAACUGGAGGAGACUGAGAAGAAGACAGAGGUCAAAGAUGCAGAAGUUGUGAAAUUCCAAGGUGACCUUGACUCUGUAAGUGGUAACCUAGCAACCACUCAGACCCAGCUCAGGCAGAAGGAGGAAGAGUACGCUUUGCUUCAGUCAGACCUCCAUUCAGUAACACAGAAGCUGGAGGAGGCUGAGAAGAAGACAGAGAUCAAGGAUGCAGAGGUUGUGAAGCUCCAAGGUGACCUUGACUCUGUGACCGAUGACUUAUCGACUGCUCAGACCAAGCUCAGACAGAAGGAUGAACAGUACAUACAGCUACAGACGGACUUGCUUUCAGGAAAGGAACAAAGCAGCACCAUACAGGAACAGCUGCUUGAGAAAGCCAAUCAGAUUUCAGAUCUCCAGGUAGCCCUGGACAGGCGUGAGUCAGAAUUGACCUUGACUAAUCAGAACCUAGAAGAGAGUAAGGUCAAGGUCAAGGACGCCGAGGAAGAGUUGACACAGACGUUACAGACUGUCCAUGACAAGGAAGCCAACAUCUCUGAACUAGAGAAACAGCUGACUGACCAUAAGUCACAAUCACAAGAACUCUUGCACCAAAAGGAGCAAAUGUGUAACAACCUCAAACUGGAGCUUGAAAAGGAACAGUCCAGCGGAGAAACUCGGUCUUCAGAGCUGGACGGUUUACAGCAGCAGUUGUCUAGUAUGACGCAGCAUUACCAACAAGAGUGUUCCGCAAAUGAUGAGCUGAAGACAACCUUGAGAGAGAAAGAGUCGCUACUACAGGAGGAGCAGAGGAAAGUCAAUUCAAAGGAGGAGAAGAUCACAUCACUAGAGAACCAGGUGACCUCCAGUAAAGAGGAACUGACCAGGCUGGAGACUGAGAGGACUGACCUCAUAGCCAAGAUAGAAGCCGGAGAGGGAACAGAGACCGUCAUCAUUCAGUUAAAACAAGAAAAGGAAAUGAUACAAGAGAAACUGACCACUUUGGAGCAGACGCUACAGACACAGACCGCCGAUAAUGAAGUCAAAGUUGAAAGUUUACAUAAGCAAAUCACUGAGGUCAAAGGUCAAUUACAGGCAACAGAGGACAAAGGUCAGAAGUUACAUGCAACAUUAGAGGAACAAGGAGAACAGCUGACCUCUGCUCAGCAGAGGUUGCACUCACUGGAGGGGGAGGUCAAGGUCAAGACGGAAUCUCUGCUGGGUUUAGAGGCAGCCAAGACAAGUCAGAGGGUUGACCUAGAGAACCACCUCAAGACAGCUCAGAACAUGGUGGAGGAAAAGGGGGCGGAGCUGGAUAAACUCCGCCUUCAGGUCGACCAGGUACAGAAGGAUUUGGCAGCUAGAAAAGAGAAAAUAGUUGCCAUGGAAACUUCACAGAAGGAACAGCUAGAAAAGUUCGCCCUGUUGUCUCAGCAACACACCAGUCUAGACAGACAACACAAAGAAAAACUGGCAGCCUUAGAUAAGUCGGAGAAGGACCUAAAGGAGGCCAAAGACCAGUUAUCAUCAACCAAGAAAGUCCUGGAGGAGAAAAACAGGGUACUUCUACAAGUAGAACAGGACCUAGACAUGACUAAGAAAACGAGUGGUAAAGAGAUAGGAAAACUUAAAACUCGGGUCGAAAAACAAGCCACGGAAAUGACAGGCUUGAACCAGCAGCUGGUCACUUUGAAAUCAGAUCUGGAAAAGAAGGAGAAAUCUUGCCUUGAACUUAGCCAAGAAUUAGAGGUUACCAAGAAGUCUCUCACAGAAAGAACAGCUACUCUGACAGCGCGCGAGGAGGAGAUGGCUAAGAUGGAGAAGAAGCACAAAGAAGACAUCAAAGGAAUGAAAGGAGAUUUGGGAAAGAUGAAAUCUGAGGGAACAGCCUUACAGGAGAAGCUUCAAGGGGAGAUGAGCAGUAUACAGAAGGAGAAAGAGAAGCUGUUGGUUGACUGUUCACUCCUGGAGAAAAGUGUCAGUGAGCUAAAAACUUCUCUCACGUCUAAAGAGAAGCUCCUCCAAACAACAACUGAUACAAGCACUAAAGAAAAGGCAUCAUUGGAGGGAGAGCUGAAGAUAAGUCGAGAUCAGCAUGCGGCAGACAAGAAUAGUUUGAGUGCACAGCUAGAGGAACUGAAGACCAAACUAUCUACUGAGAAGGAGUUGGCAACUAAUAAAUCAGCGUCCGAGACAAGUCUGAAAUCUCAGGUAGCCAAUCUAGAGACCGAGAAGGCAGCCUUACAGGGUCGGGCAGACAAACUGGACACGGAGGUCACUGACCUGAAAGACAAGUUAGAACUUCAGAAGGAGCAGAUUGAUAUGAAAGAACAGCAGCUGAAGGCCAUGAUAGAGGGCAAGGUGGCCGAGUCUGAGGAACUCCAACAACAGAUCAAGAAUCUCAAAGAGAAACAGGAGGAUUUGGAGGCCAAACUAUCCGCCACAGAAACUAGUCUAGGGAAGCUCCAGAGUGCGCACACUGACACCGACAAAGAGCUCAUCAAAGCCAAAGAGCGGGAGACAGAGCUCAACAACUCAUUUGACGAGCUUAGUGAGGUGAGGAAUGCCAUGAACACACGGAUGGUGGAACUGGACAAAGAACUAUCAGAGAGUAGGAAUCGACAGGAGGAACUCUCCACAGUGAAGGUUGUCAUGGAGACAGAGCUAACUGAGCUCAGGAAGUCCUGUACAGAGAUGAAAGCUGUGAACGAGUCAUAUGAAAGUGAUAUCAAUCGUCUGACUUCUCAAUUGGAGACGGAGAAACAGGAAAGAAGAAAGGAGGUCUCUGAGUUAUUAGAAGCAAAGGAAAUUCUCAUUUCUCAGAAACUGGAAAUACAGAAUCAAAGAAAAGAAUUAGAAGAAAAGAUGGACACAAUCGAGCAGGGGAAAGAAGAGGCAGAAAGCAAGGCCGCUGAGAGCCAGAUGGUGCUACGCGAGGAAAAUUCUGGACUACAAAAUAAGUUGAUUGAAGAACAACGACGUAGCAGUGAUAUACAGAGAAGUUUGGACGAAGAAAGAGCUAAAUAUGAACUUCAGUCGACAGUGCUCAAUGAGAAUCUGACCACCAUUAGAGGCGAUCUUGUCACCGCACAGCAAAGUGUAGAGGACCUCACGAAAGCCAACGACGAACUGUCGGGUGAAAAACUAGAACUUGAAGCAAAAUUAGAAAACAACAAUGAUGAAAGAAGAAUCUUAUUAGAAAGGUGUCUGAAGAGUGAGGAGGAGGGACAAAGACUGCGAGAGAAAGCCACAGAGUUCAGGAGGAAGUUUGACGAUACACAGGCCGCUCUACAGGAACUGGGAAGGGAGAAUCAGUCACUACAGAUAACUACAACGAAGGUGCAGAGCCGCAAGUGGACGGACGACAACGAGGUGAAGGAGUGUAUGAGCUGUAAUAAAGGUUUCUCUGUCACUGUACGGCGGCACCAUUGUAGAAAUUGUGGUAACAUAUACUGCCAGGAAUGUUCCGCACACAAUGCCAAGCUCCCUUCCUUCAAGAAGCCUCAACGUGUUUGUGACAACUGUUUUAUCGAAAUCAACAAACGAUGACCACAUUCUUCAAUGAAUCUGUUGCCAUAGCAACAUAUAUUAGUCAUGACUACGGUUGAUGAAAAGGGACCAAUUUCCUGUGGCAAAGACUGAAUACUUGUGAUAAUGAAGGUCAUUUACCGUGGUGUCAUUGCUCCUUCACAAGUUGCCAUUAAAAUUGCCAUAUAAUUGAUCUGUUGUGAUUUAGGUCAAGCAUUAAAGAUAUCGUUAGGCUAGGACAAGUGGUCAAGGCGAGGAUAGGACAAGUGGUCAAGGCGAGGGCUCAUUAUUGACCGACCGCUGGCUGUGCAUAUUUUCUUUGGUUUACUUAUUCGGAGCAUUGUUUUCUGUAACAUACACAUAACUGUUUUAAAUGAUCAUAUUUUCCAAACACUAAGAAAUCAUUUGGUGAUUUCAUGCAUUUUGUGGAAACAAAGUAGCGAUUAAACAAGAAAGAAAGAAAUUUAAGCACAAUGACAACAAAAGAAUAAAGAAAAAGGAAUUUUGCAUUGAUGGAUAUUCUAAUAAAGUCUCUGGUCUACAGAAAACCAUUUAGAUUCCAUGGACAGGAGGUUUUAUCAUGGAUAUGAAUUUUCAAUUAAUCAAAUAAUUUUCAUUGAGAGAACAUUGAGCUAACCAGGAUAAACUAAAACUGUUCAAAGUACAAAGAAAUCAAUGUGGUCACCUGAAGUCAUGAAACACAUUUUCUUUAUUCAUGAUUUAAGAAAUUUGUAAAACGCUAUAAUUAUAUCUCAUUUUGAAGUUUAUCUAAAAUGUUUAUAAUGUGUUGAACAACUAAGCGAUAAACUGAGGUGAUUAUUGAGAUGCACACAUGCCUUAUCCCAUAUAUUGUAUUAUAUGUAUUUGUUUUUAUUGAUAUAAAAAAAUGUGUUGUAAUUAAUUUACUUUAUAAGGAAUGGUAUUGGCAGCUGUGAUAUUGUUAUAUGAUAUAUAAUUAUGCAUAAUUCAACUAUUAUACCAAAUAUCCAUUUUUAUUUAAUGUUUCUAAAUCAACACUAUUCCAGUGUGUAUGAUUUGAGUGGUUGUCUAAUGGCAGACUUUUCCUAGUGUGUAUGUUGAGGAAUGUGAGGGUCAAUGCAAGUAACCAAUGUUUUAUCAACUUACCGCCAGAUUUUUCCUGUAUUGGGGAGGAAGGGUGAGGCAGCGAUGUGUUACAUAUUCUAAUCUUAGGCUUUGAUACUGGGAGGAGACUACAGAGAUCUGAGGGCUGGGCUGUUACUCAUUCUAAUCUGUUGUGUAGGCCCCAGUCUCAGGGAUGAAGAGAUCUGAGGGCUGGGCUGUUACUCAUUCUAAACUUGCUAUUCUAAUAAUUAAUUACGUAAUUUCCACUUCACAGGAGACUAAAUGUUGCUGCUCUUUUUCUGUCCUGUUAGUGUUUACCUCCCCUACAGGAGCUCUUUUGAAAACUUUGCAGUGCUCAUCAAGGAUACUUGGCAGAUAUGCAUGCUACAGUUAGAAUGUUGAUUUCUUCAGUAAAUACUUGUACUUAGCAUACCAAAACCUGAUAAACACAGUUAUACAUCAUUCUGGAAACCAGGAAAAUUUUCAGUAUUUGUGAUUAUCAAUUAAAGUUUAAAAACAUCAGUGCCUUAAAACUUCUAUAUAAUGCCCCUUGUUUCUUUGCCAUCUCACUUUCUGUCAAGGGCUCUGUUUCCUUUCUCUUAACAAUGCCUUUGUAUUACAUCCCAUUCAACUGAUAGUCAAACCUCUUUAUAAUGCCAUAUUUAACAGGACAAACACUAGAGGGCAGUAUAACAAGGUAUUACUAAAGAAAUGAACUGUCACGGGACUAAGGAAGAUUUUGAAUAAUUAAAGCAGGUUUUUCAAGAUGUCCAUGUUUGUGAUAAGGUUUUUCUGUAGUUGGCUGUGUAUGAACUACGAAUGGGGAAAAAGACCAUGAAUCGCUUAUUUUUCAAUAGUUCGCAGUGUAUGAGAUACAAGUGUGCGAUGGACCAUGACUAACGGAUGAAGUGUGACAUGUGAAUAAUUAAUUAUUGUAACCUGUUCUUUGUUGUAUUUUUCUACAGCACCAUUGUCGUCAGUGCGGCAACAUUUUCUGUAACGAAUGCUCCUCCAAGGAGGUUCGCCUAGCCCUGUCAAAGAAACCCGUCAGAGUGUGC